UAACGAACAGUACGCCCUAACUUUGAGUUACCGGCACCUAAGGUACAAGUACUACGAUUCCCAGAAUGCACUUCGUUAAAUAAACUUAUCAAAUCUUCUCAACGUCUCGAAGACGAGCGACAGUACUUUUUUAUUUUUUGAGAAAUGUCAAAAUGAUGAUAACAUAUACAAAAUGCAAAUUACAUGUACGACAGAACAGAGACGACAAAAGCAAUUCUAACGCUCUGCGAACAAUGUUGGCGAGGACAGUUUCCUAGACAACGCAUUCCAGUGAUUGUCACCAGCCAAUAGAGGCAGUGCGUCCUCUGAAGUUGUAUCCAAUGAGCGCGCUCGGAGCGGUAUUUGAAUGGCGGAGCGUGUGUUAUGAGUAUAUUGCUUGCUCGCACAGCAGAGACAGUCAAUGUGAAAAUUGCAGUGUUCUGUUUGAAAGAUUUUAUUUUUUUCCUUUUGUAAAGCGGUUUGCAUUUUAUCAGUUCUUACCUUUGCCGCAAAGCCAACGCAGAGAGAAUGGCUUUCGCACGGCGCAUUGCUAACGCCAGAGAGGUUGAUAAUGCUCUCCUUGUCAAGGCCAAGGCUCCCAUGGGAACUAGGAGGCCUGCCCUGGAAGAGAUUUCGAGUAACAAGUUUGCAACGAAUGCACCACUCAUCAAGAAAACUGAACGCAUCCAAGCUCCUGCAGUAAAAGCAACCAGGCCAGCAGGUACCAAGCCGCCUGUUAAUGUUGCACCUCGGAAACAACCUGCUGCAGUGGAGAGAGUUCCAGUUUCUCCGCUCCCAAUGGAUGUCUCCAUGAAGGAGGAGGAAUUGUGCCAGGCUUUCUCUGAUGCCAUGCUGGAUGUAGAUGACAUAGAUGCUGAUGAUGCAGAAAACCCCCAGCUCUGUUCAGCAUAUGUAAAGGAUAUCUAUCAGUACUUAAGGCAAAUUGAGGUGCAGCAGUCAAUACGUGCCAGGUAUCUUGAAGGUCAGGAAAUCAAUGAGCGUAUGCGUGCCAUCUUGGUUGAUUGGCUGAUUCAGGUCCACUCAAGAUUCCAGCUGCUGCAGGAAACUCUCUACAUGACUAUUGCUAUAAUUGACAGGUUCUUGCAGGUCCAGCCCGUUUCUCGCAAGAAGCUUCAGUUGGUUGGUGUGACGGCCAUGUUGGUUGCUUCAAAGUAUGAAGAGAUGUAUGCUCCUGAGAUCGGAGACUUUGUCUACAUCACAGAUAAUGCUUUCUCCAAAUCUCAAAUCCGUGAAAUGGAAAUGCUCAUCCUGAAGGAGCUGAACUUUGAGUUGGGACGUCCACUUCCCCUACACUUUCUCAGGAGGGCUUCGAAGGCUGGCUGUGCUGAUGCUGAGAAACACACUCUAGCAAAAUACUUGAUGGAGCUAACCUUGUUGGACUAUGACUUGCUGCACCAACAUCCUUCUGAGAUAGCAGCUGCUGCCCUUUGCCUGUCGCAGAAUCUCUUGGAUGGAAGCAAAUGGUCCAUGGCUCAGCAGUGCUACACUGGCUAUUCGGAAGAGGACCUAAAGUCCAUAAUGCAGCAUAUGGCCAAAAAUGUGGUGAAAGUUAAUGAAGGCUUGACCAAGCACACAGCUAUCAAGAACAAAUAUGCAAGCAGCAAAUUAAUGAGAAUCAGUGCCAUUUCACAACUGAAGUCCCCUGCCCUCAAGGCACUUGCUGCACCACUACUUGCCAACAUCUGCUAGAAUAUUCUGUGAAAUCAACUACUGUUUGCACUUUUUAUUUGUUAACCCAAAAGCCUGAAUGGGCAAUACUGCUGCUUUUAUGUAAAUUGCUUUUUUUAUGUCUUUAAUUCAGUUCUUGGAUUGUUUUUUUGUUUUAACAAAAAUAAAGUAACUUUUUUAAAAUGUGGCGGUUUUUUUUUUUUUUAAAUGGUAUGGUGGGAUUACUUUGGUUUUUCCUAGGAAAGAUUGCUGAUUCUAGGGAACUUAAAAUGAACAACUGAGUUUGGUUCACAGUGGAGUCUUUUUUUUUUUUUUUUUUUUUUUUAUUUUGACUUCAAUUUACACUGCCUGUAAUAUACAAUCAUGUGUUAAUUUAGUAGCAAAUAGUGAUUUGGAGAUAAGGUUUGAAAGGGUAUUGGAUGAGUGAGUGGGGGGUACUUCGUGCAUUUUAUAUAGUGAAAAUAAUUUAUUUACCAAAAUGCUUGGAUUUUUCUUUUGUCUUCCACAACAAAAUCCUUAGUCAAACACUUUCUUCUGGUGUAUGCAGUUCUGUCUGAACAAACCUAACUAGUUUUGUUUCCACUCAAGUGGAGUCUUCAAUAGAAAUGUAGGAAUUUGCUGCCACUCAGCAGUUGGGCUGAAAGUAUUCAGAACAGAUUAGUCAGGAAGGAGAGACAUUGCCUGACUGCACUGAGAGGUAAUUUUAUUUAUUUUAAUGUAUAAAUGGAAGGGGUGAAUUGACUGUUUCUGGUGUUUACUGGCUGAUUUUAUUUAAUUGGGUGUACUUAGUUUUUAAGUUAAAAUCAGAAGCCCUAAUCUAGGAAGUUUCUUGACUAGUCAAUAUUGACGUUGUAAUUUAUUACUGUAUCUGAACACAUCUCUGGUGCAGUUUGAUAUCUGAGCCUACCAUGCUACAGCUGUUCUGCACUUUCCAAAUCCAGUUGUAUUUGCAUUAGUCUCCAAGUGCUUGGUUAAAUGCCUUUUUGCAGGUUUUGAGUUGUCUUCAAUGCUGAUUUUGACUUUGUUAGUCAUUGCAUGCAGUGUUCUGUUUGUUAGGGGUUUCCGGGCGCUCUGGUUCAGGCACUGCAUUUCUUCUGAUUUGUUUUGCUUUACCAAAAUAACAUCCGUGAUCAGUUGCCAUGUGUUUAAAAUGAUGAAUGGUUCUUAAGCGUUGCCUUGCUAACCCCAUGUGCUGAAUGAUGAAAAUAGAUGGGUAUCAAACUUUAAAUAACUUAAGUUUAAAAUUGGAACAAUCACAGCGUACCUUUUAAAACCACUCUGAUUCUACUGAACAAUCAAUUCAUUUUGUACAUGCAUAUGAGCAAUAUUCAAACAGCCAUGCUUUUCUGUGUUUUGUAUAAUGCUGUUAGUGUUAGCUAUCAUUGGUCAUGAUUCCAAAGAAGUUGUUUCUAUGUGAAAAACAAACUAAUUCUAGUGACUUUUUAUUCUCCUUUUAAAAACAACAUUUUAAAACUACAAAAUGACAUUCACUUAUUGUAACAUCCAUCCAUUUUAUAUGAAGGGUUGCAUGGUUAAUGACCCAUCCACGUGUCCUAUGAUUUCCACUGAUGGAGUUCAUCAUCAACAAGUUUAAAUAGACUGAUCAAGAGUCAGUUAAUCAUGGGUUUGUUUUUGCCAAAGUGCCUCCUAACAUAUUGGAUGGUUUGAAUUAAUAAAAUCUUUCAAUUUUAAGACAUUGAACGAUAACAUUCAAUGUAUACAUGUCAUUUCCUCACAGUUGCUCUUAUGUACAGUUAUGAAAAUAACAUGCCUAGCAUUCUUAUAUUUUAAGGGUUAUUACAGCAGGUCAUUUCAAAGCUGUCUGUUAAGAUUAAAGAUGAUCCUAGCUUCAAAUUUCAUACCGCAACAAUUUGUUAGAUUUGCCCCCCUUUUUUUUUUUUUUUUUUACAAUGUUAGUCUAAUUUUAGUGUUUGGUUUAAAAUGGCAAUUUUACAAUGCUAUUUUAAUCCAACCAAAUAGGUUCGGCUAGUCUGAUCACUUUAUUGGAACUGCAUUUCUCAAAGCAGCACA